ACCUUUUAACAUAGAAAAUACAAUCAUAACCCUCUGUCAUAUCUCUCUUUCUAACUGUGAGGUGAGCGAGCCGGCCAGCAAUGGCGGAAAAGUACACGUCACUGAAAAUCGAGCAGAAAUCCCCAAAUUCACGAGUCUUCUACCUGUACCUCAACCGCCCAUCGCGUAUCAACGCUCUCUCCCGCGAAUUCUUCACCGAAUUCCCCGCCGCCCUAUCCGCCCUAGACAACAACCCCGAUGUCGCCGUCAUCAUCCUCUCCGGCGCCGGCAGCCACUUCUGCUCCGGCAUAGAUCUCCAAACGCUCGGAUCUAUCUCCCAACCAACCUCCAUCUCCGACGCCGGACGCACCGGCGAGAAGCUCCGCCGCGACAUAAAGUUCCUCCAGAGCGCCGUGACGGCGAUCGAGGAGUGCAGGAAGCCGGUCCUCGCCGCCGUCCACGGCGUCUGCAUCGGCGGCGGCAUCGACCUCAUCACCGCCUGCGAUGUGAGGUAUUGCACGGCGGACGCCUCCUUCUCGGUAAAGGAGGUCGAUCUGGCAAUCACGGCGGAUCUCGGAACUCUCCAGAGGCUUCCGAGCAUCGUAGGGUUCGGAAACGCCAUGGAAUUAGCUCUAACUGCUCGAACGUUUUCCGGCGCGGAGGCGAAGGCCAUGGGAUUGGUCUCCAUGGUUUACAGCAGCAAGGAAACCCUAGAAAAAGCGGUUGCGGAAAUCGCCGAGGGCAUUGCUUCGAGGUCUCCACUAGCGAUCAUAGGGACAAAGAGAGUGUUGUUACAAAGCCGGAACUUAACAGUCGAACAAGGUCUGGACUACGUUGCGACAUGGAACUCGGGAGUUCUUUUAUCGGACGACUUAACCGAAGCAAUGUCCGCUCAUCAGCAGAAGCGAAAGCCUUUAUUUGCUAAGCUUUGACGAAAACAAAUUUCCGGGUAAGUUUCUUCUUACGCCAAUAAGCUUCCAAUAAAUUUUCUGUUUCCUUUAGAUUCCCUGACUAUCUGGCGCGAGUUGUAUUAUGCCGGAUUAGUGUAACUAUGUUGUUAGAUUCCUAAAUAAUCUCGCGGUGCCAAAUCCGGUGGGCGCGCGAUUGUCACUUGCGGCCAAAAGUGCGGCGUGUGCCGGAUACAAGGUUAGAAUAGUUAUGCGAAUCGAGCUAAUUGAAACCUUCGGUAUGUUUUGUGGUAAAACUAGUUGAGCUCGAGCUUGAAAAUUUAUUUGGAAAGUUACAUGGGAGUAUGUUAUAUGUAUGGAAUAUAACUUGAUAGUUUAUGAAAAGUUAAUGGGCUAUGUUUGUUUGAA